AUGUCCGAUAGCGAGUCACUAUUCGAGAGUGAAACCAAUGCGUUCGAUGGGGAGUCAUCAAACAAUCAGUGGGAUACAAAUAGUGAGGCCAUAAGCCUCAAUGCUGAGGGCAAAGAAGAUACCGAUGUCGAAAUACUCGGAGAAGGCCCAAGCUCCGUUCCUACCCAUGGCAUCGAUAAGGGAUUUAUGACAAGGCAGCUAGUACCGUUGGCUAUGGUAUAUUGCGAAGGUAGUCGUGCCGGCUUGGGUCAGCAUUGCGAGUUCCAGAUGGGGGGCACUCGAGUGCCAGAGGAGCACACCAGUCAUCAAUCGGAGACCUCCACAUCUGGUCGUGGAGAGCCAUCUGCCGAACCCGUAUCCCUGCCGAGGGUGACCAUAGUUCAUAGGGGAAACCCUAGGGUGCCCUUAGGCGUGCCGAAGGAAAAUCUCUUUGGGGUAGACUACCUAGAGCCCAAUAGGAUUACCGAACGGGAGAUAGCCAAGUAUCUUGCUGAGUACUACAUCCCGAACUGA